AUGGAAGGACUCGGAAUACCAGAAGGAUUUGACGAGGCAAUUUACCUUAUAGAGAUAAAUGAAGUUGUUAAGCAGUACUUGCGCAGGGUAAUGAAGCCCAAGGUCAAGUUCACCGCUAUUUCUGGAAGGGCUGCCUUGAAUCUCGAGACUUCGACUGGAAUUCCAAUUCAAAUACCAGAAAAAACUCCUUUCGACGACAUAAAGGACGCCAAAAGAGAAACUCUUGUUAAGUUCCUAAACAAACGUCCUUGGAUAAAAAUACCAAACAAGGAGAACCCCCUACCCCAUAUGA